AUGGGCUUAAUGCACCGCGUAUUGCUGCUUGCGACGUUUGCCCUGUUGUGUAUGCAUGCAAAAGCUGCCGGAUUCGACCACGACAAGGUUCCAAGGACUGUUGAACGAGGUGGCGGUGCAAGACAACUGCGCACGGCCACGAUGAGCGACGACGAAGCUAGAGUGUCGAAAUUGCCGUCGUUUAUCGAGUCCUUCGUUAAAAACCGAAAAAUCGAGUCUUGGAUUCAGAACAAAGUUACUGACGACUUUGUCCUGAGCGAGCUAAAACUCGUGAGAUUGCCCGGAACGAGCCUGGCGGACGACCCAAAUUUCAAGCUCUUUCAAAAGUUUAAGAUUGGCGGCUGGCUCGAGGAAAAGGCUACUACAACGAAAGCCUGGGAAAACCUUGGCUUGGAUUCACUCCCAUUUGAUCAAGUGAGCAAGAUCGACGAGUUCAAGACUUAUACGCAGUAUGUGACGGUGCUUAACAAGAAGGCAAGCAAACUCGAUAUUGAUCAGUGGCACGGGCUGUUAAGUGGAGGAUCACCUGAGGAAUUGAUGGCCAAAGCAAUGAUAUUGAGGACUUUGGGCAGAGAUGUUCUAGAGCGCAGAGUCAUGCUUGGUGGACAUGUUGUGGUACCAUUUUAA